UAAGCUGACCUCUCCAUCCCCCGGUGGAGGGCCAGGAAGAGAACCUUCAGUUAAAGGUGGGAGUUGGUGGCCAAGGAAUCGGAUCAGAUCAAUGUCUGCCAUGCCAUCAGUCACCAAUGAACCAUGUCAAAGGAAAAGCUGGCAGGUGUUUGUAUGGGUUGUGAUGUCUCUGCUGCCCCUAGUGGCAAGAGGCAGGUCAGGUUUCAGGGCAGAAUCUGAAGCUGCAGUGGGAUUACUUGGCACUGGAGUGGUGGAGCCGCCUUUAGAGGCUCUUCCAGACAUUGAGGAGAAGAUAGAAGAGGGUAGUGACUCUACAUGGCAUGAUUUGUUUGAGUCAUCUGUGUUUGUUGAGGAAGACAAGCAGUCAGUGCGAUGGGAACGUUCACCCCGCUCGCCUGACACCUCUGACAUACAGACCAAAGGUGCACGCAAGAAAAAGAAGAAAAAAGAGAAGGAAGAAAAGAAAAAGAAAGACAAGAAUAGUGGCCGACGUCACAGUAGCCGAGACUGCCGUGUGGAAAAACGGGAGAUGCGCGUUCGAGACCUGGGUAUGGGCUUUGACUCGGACGAAAUUGUACUCUUCAAGUUCUGUGUCGGUUCCUGCCAAAGGUCCCGUGGUAACUAUGACUUGGCUCUGCAUGCUCUGCUUGACAAUGGCAGCCUGCCAAAGCGCACCGCCAGGAAGAUUAGCGCACAACCUUGUUGCCGCCCCACAGGUUAUGAACCAGUUUCCUUCAUGGAUGCUUCCACAACCUGGAGAACCAUCAAGUCACUCUCGGCCGCAGAUUGUGAGUGCGUAGGAUGAGGCAAGCUGGAAGAGGCCAGCUUGCCUCAUCAAAAGAGGCCAUUUUUUCAUGACCUGAAAAAAUGGUGCAACAGUCAAAGAAAGGAGGAGGAAUCGGGAAGCCUCCUGGGCCAUAGCUACAAAACGAGGUCAGGCAGUGUUGGCCCUGUUUGAAAAGCUAUGAGGGAAUUUGGUUGGUCUCUAGGGGCUGUGAGUGAUUAACAACAACAGCCUAUGUACAGUAUACAAACUUUUGUCACACCAAACCUCAGCAGAAAGGAUUGGAUGGGAUUAGAACGAGUCAGAGAAGAGGAGAAUCUCUGGAGCAACAUCACUGAGGAUGCAAGAACAGCAACUUUGGAUUGUCCAGUUCAGUUGCUCUAUAAACAGAAAACUACAUGUUAUAACUUGAUGAGCGUUUGCUUACCAGGAGUUUUCAUCAGACUUGGAUACAGCACGAAACACUAAUUCAUUUGUCAGGCUCAUUUGUUGAUCCUGGAUGUCAGUGCCCAUUUUCCUGGCCUUCCAUCUGGCAUGUAAUAUUUCAGCCAGAAUAGCUAAGUUUGGAUUACUGGUUAUUAAUUGCACAUUAUUGUUGUAAUUACAAUGUAAUUGCACAAUCAUAUGUGGAGUAUUAAUAGAAAUUUAGCCCAUAGAAAACACAUAGGCCAGUUAGUAUUACCCUUUUAGCUGGAAGCGCUAAAGGUUGACUGUAUUUGCAUUAGGUCUUUAAUUUCUCAGGAUUUUACCGGACUGAAAUAAAACGUGUUUUUCUGUUACAUUUUUAAUGCUUAUAAAAAUGGUCAUGUUCCAUGUGUUGAUGACAGAUAUAUAAGUGAAUAUAGGUAAAUAUAUAUAAAAAAACUAAUAUUUGAUGCUUUACUGUCAAGCUAUCUAGAGCAAGUAAUAGGACAAUUAAAUAUCUUUUAAUUUAUUUAUGCUAGUGCAUCAAACCUUAAACUACAUAUGAUGUUAAAAAAAUAUUUGCAUUAAAUACAUGAGUUAAGCAUGAUAUAAAUAAAAAUAAUUCUUCCCUGUGAAUUCUUGACAGGGUUUCCCCCAUUAUAGUUAUAUAAAUAUAGCAUAAUUUUAUUGGAUCCAAGUGACAGUGCUUAUCCAGACCCAUUAGUGUUUUCUUUUUUUCCCCAACACAUAUAACGACCACAAUGCAUUUGUCAUUGUUUAUCAUAUUGUUACCAAAUGGAUGCCAUGCAUCCCUUAACACUUACUGUACAGAUAUCAUAUUUAUUUUUUCAUAUAAGUUAUUUAUUUAUUGCUAUGUCUACAGAUGUGUCUUUUGGAUGUUUAUAUUUAUUAUUGUUUAUACCUUGGCCUCUGUUCUGCAAUCCCUGUCAUCUCAUGAUGAACCAGCAUGAAUAACAGCAAGGCUUUGAACAAGGUCAGCUGCAAGAUAUCCCAGUUGGGAGAAAAAACUGAGAAAAUUAUUCAAAAUAUUUAGAUUGGAUGAGAAGGACUUGUAGACAUCUCCUGUCAGAUCAUGACAAAUGCUGUAUUGGGUCCUUAUUUGAGUCAUCCAAGAGUUAUAAAACUCUCAGAACGCUUACACGAAAGACUCGGCUUCAAUUUAUAAAAAGGAAAUUGAAAUAUUUUUCUUCCGAAACUCUAUGGAUGGGGAUGGGGGGAUUGGUGUAAGGAAUGUCUUCUGACUAGGCUGUUUGUCUUCCCAACUUUGAUGUUGUAUCCAGUUUCAACAUUUAAAGCUGCUCUGAAAAUACUUUUAAAAAUAUAAACUUCUUAAUGACAAUUUCUUUGCUUCAGUAUUUUACAUGAUUUAUUUAUCUAUUAUUAUUGUUGUUGUCAUUGACAAAGUUACUCUUUAUUUUUGUAUUACAUAUUUUUCUGUAUAGAUAUUAAGCUGUUUAUAAAUAAUGUGAAUAAGAUUCUUGUUCUUCAAUUUGAAUCUAGAGGAAGCAACAAAUAGACUGCAUCAUAUGUAACAUCUUUCUCUGGCUACAAAUCUUUUCUAGAGAAAGGUUGUCUGUUUAAACAAGUUACAAGCACAAUUUUGUACUGUUCCAUGCCUCAUAUUUUAGGUUUGAAGAAAAGCCUACCUUCUAAACACAAAUGAAAAGGAGAAAAAGAU